CGGAGUGAUUUUGUUUUUACUUCUACACCGAUAAAGAGAAACUUCGCGACGGUCGCAGCCGGCGUAAUUUAAUUUGUUGUGAAUUGGAAGAUUUCGUGGUAAAAAUCACUUUAUUCAGUUCGCUGCACAGAUUAGUUUCCAUUGUUCCGCGAGACGUUUACUCUGCACAUCACGGGAAGAGUUGUCGAGCGUUGUUAUCGCAGUUGAUCUGAAAUCGCCAAUUUGAAAAGUUUUCACAAUGACCUGCCCAGUCGGUCCGGAGGAGUUGGCGAAAUUACGGGCGUUCAUCGGGUUCUGUACGAAUCAGCCUGAAAUUCUCAACAUUCCACAGUUGGAUUUCUUCAAGGAAUUCGUCGAGAAAUUGGGCGGCAAAGUUCCUGCCGGAGAAUUCAAGAUUCCGACAUUUGAGGGAAAUGGAGAGCAGCCAAAAGCAUCCGCUCCUGCACCCGAACCGGAACCAGAAGAGGAAUCUGAACCUGAGUCAGACGUUGAACUGGAUAUGACGGGUGUUAUCGAAGGGGAUAAAGAUGAACCGCAACCUAUGGGCGAUGCAAGCAAAGAACCGACCGAAGAAGAGAUGGAUCAGGCUGGUGAAUUCCGUUCAAAAGCAGCAAGCGCAUACUCAGAGCAGAACUAUCAGGAGGCAAUUGAUCUAUAUACCAAAGCCAUAGAAUUGAACCCACAUAAUGCCUUAUUCCAUGCCAAGCGUGGUCAAGCCUUCUUGAAACUGAACAAACCGAACGCUUGCAUCCGAGAUUGCAAUCGUGCUUUGGAAUUGAACUGUGACUCUGCAGCUGCUUACAAAUUCCGCGGCCGAGCACAUCGCUUGCUAGGAAAUUGGGAAGACGCAGCUAAAGAUCUGAGGCAAGCGGUCAAAUUAGAUUUUGAUGAAGAAGCCGAUGAAUGGCUGAAGGAAGUCACACCAAACGCAAAGAAAUUGGAACAGCAUAAGAUCAAGCAGGAGCGAAAUAAGGCAGAGCGGGAGCUUCGCAAACGUCAAGAACGCCUUCGAAAGGCUCAGGAAGCUAAUCGUAAGGCACAACAAGAACAACAGCAACAGGAACAAUCACAGCCAAGACCUAAUGCGGGAGGUGCCGGUGGAAUGCCGAAUUUAGGAAAUCUGUUUGGAAACCUGAAUCAAGCAGAAUUCCUUAGCGCCUUCAGUGAUCCAGAAGUUUCUGCUGCCAUGCAAGAUAUUAUGACGAAUCCUGCCAAUAUUACCAAAUAUCAAUCAAAUCCAAAAAUAAUGAAUUUAAUAACGAAGAUUGGUUCAGCGAUGGGUGGAGCAGGUGGAGCCGGAGGAUUCCCAGGAGCGGGAGGUUUCCCAGGAGCUGGAGCUGGUGGUUUCCCGGGUGCUGGGUUUACAGCAGGCGACACAAAUACCGGAGCUAGUCAGAAGCCAAAACCGGAUUUCACUGAUGAUGGACUCGAUUAAGGAACUUGAAUAAUAAUGAACAACCAACUAUAGUUACUAACACUUAAACCAUAUUGUUCAUCAACUGAGAGAGACUUUUAUACAUUUUUGCAAUUCAUAUGCUUUUGGAUUCAAGCAUUCUAAUUUGAAUAGAACUGAUAAUAAUAGGGUGAGGUGUGUCUGAGCCCUUUUAUACAAUUCCACGGGAACUUGCAAGAAGCAUUACAAUAUAAUAAAUAGAAAAUGUAUCAUAUAGUUAUGGAAAGGAAAUACACCCUCGUUGGCUUAUCUAGCGUAAA